CCCGGCCCCCGCCCCCCAGAUCUCCAGAUGUGUCCCAGGCCAGCCGGGGCGGGCCUGCAGUCCUACGAUGGAGUCCAGGAGUCCCGGCGGCGUCGAGGGCGGAGGAGGAGGAAGAGACGCUGAUCACCGUGCCGACGCCGACGACGCCGACGCCGACGCCCAGCCCGGCGCGCCCACCCUGUCCAUGGAUCAGAUCCGAGUGGCGGCGAGGAGCAGCAACGAGUACACCGACGGACCCACGCUGGGGGCCCGCAGAGCCGGCACCCCCCCGGCCCCCGGCGCCCUGCCCGAGGGCCCCAUCGGGGCCUCACCGCCCGCGUCGGGGCCCGGGACCCCCGCCGAACCGGGCCCCCCCGGCCUCCCUCCCCCGGCGCGCCACUUCUCGUUGACCCCCUGCUCCUCCCCCACCACCACGGCCCCGGGCGGGAGACGGUCCUCCUCCCCCCCCCGCGGGGGGAGCCUCCCGCCGCUGCAAAGGCUCAUGGGUAACGACGAGACCAUCAGGACUCAGCCGAAGCGCGCCGCGCCCGUCGGCGGCGAGGAGCGGAAGCCCCUGACGGCCGUCGUCAUCGCCGGGGGGCCGCCGCACUCGCAGCGCUGCGCCGCAUGCGGCCGCUGCGCGUGCGGCGAGUGCACGCGGCCGCGGGCGCUGCCCACCUGCUGGGUGUGCGGCCGGCGCUGCGUGUGUUCGGCGCGGGGCGCGGCCGAGGUGGCCACGUGCGUGUGCCUCGUGCGCGGCCUCUUCUACCACUGCUCCAGCGACGACGAGGACACGUGCUCGGAGAAGCCCUUCUCGUGCACGCAGGCGCACUGCGCCGCCCGCUGGGCCGCCGUCGCCCUGCUGACGCUGCCGCUGCCCUGCAUCGCCUGCUACCCGCUGGCCCGGGGCUGCGCCGCCGGGGGCCAGCGCUGCUACGACGCCGCCGCCCGGCCCGGGUGCCGCUGCGAGGGCGGGGCGCGGCGGCGCAAGGGGGGCGGCGGCGGCGGCGGGAAGACGACGUAG